CCCCCACGCCAACCGUCGCUUCGUUCACUCUCUCUCACUCGCGCUCUCUCCCUCUCCCCCACCCCCUCCGCGCGAGGGCGAUUCCCGAGGUCGAAACCCUAGAAAUCUCCUCUCUCUCGUCAUCGUCGCUAAUGGCGAUGAUGAUGGAGUCGGCGUCGUCGUCGUCGUCGCCGCCGCUCGGAUUCCUCCUCCCGUCGCUGUGGGAGGCGGAGAUCGCCAUUUGCGCCGCGAUCCUGUUGGUGUCCGUGUUGCUGGUGUUGGAGAGGACGAGCACCAAAGAGGGAGGAGGCGAGCGUGUGGCUCCUCGGCGUAGAGAUCAGCUCGUUGCUCUGGAAUCGGAGAGGGACGAGACGAUUACGUUGGAAGAAGGCUCUCAAGGAAUUGUGUAUGUAAUCAAGUUGGAAUUACUGGCCGCCAAAUAUUUAAUUGGUGCAAACUUGAAUGGGACGGCAGAUCCUUAUGCUAUAAUUUCUUGCGGUGAGCAAAAACGGUUCAGCUCCAUGGUUCCUAGUUCAAGAAAUCCAUUAUGGGGAGAAGAAUUUGUCUUCUGUGUUUAUGAGCUUCCAGUCCAGAUAAGCAUAACAGUUUAUGAUUGGGAUAUUGUAUGCAAAUGCAAACUUCUUGGAUCUGUCAUCAUAUCAGUUGAAAGGGAAGGUCAAACAGGAGCAGUUUGGUAUAGCUUAGAUAGCAAAUCGGGAAGGGUAUGUGUGCAAAUUAGUACCUUCAAAUUAUCUGUGAGUUCUGCUAGUUCUUUAAGUGGUUUUGUUGGAGCUGAGUCACGAAGAAGAAUAUGUUUAGACAAACAAAGACCAACAACAGCCCAUCAAGAGCCUGGUCCUCUGCAGGAAAUAUUUAAACUUCCUCAUGAUGAGGUUGUUUAUCACAGCUAUACUUGUGCUCUUGAAAGAUCUUUUCUGUACCAUGGUCGCAUGUAUAUCUCUCCAUGGCACCUCUGCUUCCAUUCUAACGUUUUCGGGAAGGAUUUGAAGGUGAUUGUUCCCUUAGAAGACAUAGAUGAGAUAAGAUGGAGCCAACAUGCUUGUAUCAACCCUGCAAUUACAAUCGUUCUUCACAUUGGAGCCGGUGGACAUGGUGUACCUCCUCUUUGUAGUUCGAAUGGAAGAGUUAAAUAUAAAUUUACAUCAUUUUGGAACCGAAACCGUGCAUUCAAAGCUUUGCAAGAUGCAGUAAAGAAGUAUCGAGCAAUCUUAGAAGCGGAGAAGCAGGUGAGAGCUCAGUCAGUUUUGCGUGAAGGCAGUAGCUCUCUCACUUGCAGUAAUGAGGUUAAACGUAUUGAUGAGAACAUUUUGAGACCCAAAGAGAUCAAAGCCUUCAUCAAUGAAGAAGUUCUUCUAGAAGUGGUUAAUGAUAUCUUCCCAUGUACAGCUGAGCAGUUUUUUACUAUUGUAUUGAGUGAUGCUUCAGAGUUUUUCAAAGAGUACCGCUCUGCAAGAAAGGAUACCAAUAUUAAUAUAAGCAAAUGGCAUGACUCCGACAAAUACGAUGGCCAAGUCCGCGAAGUGACAUUCCGAUCGCUAUGUCACAGCCCCUUAUGUCCUCCGGACACCGCGGUGACAGAAUUGCAGCACAUUGUUCUGUCAAACGAUAAGAAAUCUUUGGUUUAUGAAACACUGCAGCAAGCUCAUGAUGUUCCAUUUGGUUCCUACUUUGAGAUUCACUCCCGGUGGUCCAUCAGAACGAGCUCCACAACAUACUGCAUGUUGGAGAUAAAAAUUGGUGUAAACAUGAAGAAAUGGUGCAUUGUACAAUCAAGAAUCAAAUCUGGAGCCACUGAGGAGUACAAGAGAGAAGUGGGCCAGAUUUUGAAGGCCGCUCGCGGUUAUAUUCUCAGGUCUAAGUCCCGUAUGCGAGACACAGAUAAGGCAUCUGUUGCAAUGGCGAUGCCGAAAGGCCGAAGCUGGCAAAUGCAGUGUAAAUGAUGGGGCGCAAUAAGGGUCUUUUCCGAAGCUGAAAUGCUGUUAAGUCUCAUUUGGGUCCCUCAAUUGUAUAGGUAAAAUUCAAUAUCGGGACUUCCUUUUCGUUCAUUCUAUUAUUCUCCACUAAAUAAUGAAGUAUUCAUCUGUCAUUUUUUCUACCUUUUUUGUGGUCCUUAUAUUUGAAUUUAUAUGUGGAAGGUGCGAGGUGGUUCUGAUGUCAAUAUGUGUAGUAAGUGAAACUGAUGUUCUUAAAUAUUGUUUUUACCUACUUACAAAUUAAGGCAGUGUUUGUCCGAAGAUUUUUAUUUUG